GAAUCUAAUUAUUUUAAGAAAUAGAUCAAGUAAAUAGGUACAUUUAGACGUUUGCAUAAGUGUGCUUCGUCAGUGGUAGUUAAACAUAGUUACAUUAAGUAGCAUGGUCAAAGUAGAUCCGUGAUAGCAUUCGAUUCCAAAAUCAUUUUCUUUCAUGAAUGGGUGAAAUCACAUGUUAGGGAGCGACCCUCAAAGAGCUCCUCCAGGGGGCGGAAGCCUUGGCACUUUGCCGCAAAGCUGCCCACGAAGAAGAAAAAAGCGGAACCAAAACACGACCGAAACCUUCGAAGAAAAGAAAGACAUGCCUUAUUGAAAAACUCAAUCACAACAGCGAAAUAACUCCCAAACAUGUUGGGCCUGGAGGCUUUAGAGGGUCAACUGUUGGCUCUGAUGCGGACUGAGGUGCGAGCGGCGCUGACGGAGCUCGGCGGACUCCUGGAGGAGCGCUCGGCCUCGGCCGCCGCCAUGGCCGCUCGGCGGCGCUCCGCCCCGGCUCCGGGCUCCGGCCUGAAGAGGGAAGAAGAUGAGAGCGAAGUGACUCCGACCGAGGAGAGUCGCUCCUUCAAUGAAGCCGUCAAGGACCAGUUUGCAUCCAUCAUGGAAUCAUGGACCAAAGGGGCAGUACAAAAGAUCCUGGCGAUGUUGACAGUGUCUGUUGCCGGGGGUGGUCCUGCUGCACAACAAAGGGACGGGCCGAAUGGCCGGACCAAACGGGCGAGACUAAAGCCGAAAGAGAGGAGAGUGUCUUCGCCAAGUGGUCAAUCUGCAUCCGGUAGCUCUCGUCAGAAGAAAAAGAAACUUGAGGAAGGACCCAAACAAGAAGCAAAAAACCAGAAUGACCACAUAUAUUACAAAGAAGAGAAACAUAUUGAUGAACCAGCAGCUGACUCAGGAUCAGUGAUCACACCUGCCACACAGGAAAGUAACUCCCAUUUGAACGAAGAAGUUGGCGUCCAGGAGGAAACGUGCAGCUCCACUGCCACGUCCCAGAUUACAAAGAAGAAGACCACGGAGCCGUUGAAGUGUCCGUCUUGUGACAAAACCUUUGCUCUGAAGUGCAUGCUGGACCGACACCAACUGACCCACACCAAACCACACCUCUGCUCCGAGUGCGGCAAGAGUUUUUCCGAGAAACAGGGGCUUGUCGCGCACUCCAGACGCCACACCGGAGAGAAGCCCUACGAGUGCUCCGACUGCGGGAUCGAGUUUGCCUACAAGUACACCUUGGCCAGACACGUGCGCCGCCACAGCCUGAAGAAACCCAGCGGCCGCACGUGCGCGCUCUGCGAGACUCAGUUCGACGGAGCGCUGGAGCUGCAGCGGCACCGGUGCGGCGCCUUGAAGAAGACCUUUGUCUGCUCGCUCUGCCCAGAAGCCUUCGAGUGCAGGGAGAGCUUGGCCGACCACGAGAACCUGCACUCGGGGGACCGAGACUUCGUCUGCGAAGUGUGCGGCGAGAGCUUCUUCUCGUCGUCGUCCCUCACCGCCCACCGGGUGACCCACGGCCUGCGGGACAACUGCUGCGACGUGCUCGGCCUCGGCUCCAGCGACGCCAGCGUCCUCCGGAGCCACCUGAGCAAGCACAGCGGGGAGAAGCUCUUCGCCUGCGAGGUCUGCGGCAAGGGCUGCAGCCACCGGAGCGCCCUGAAGCACCACAUGCUGACCCACACGGGGGAGAAGCCGUACGUGUGCGAGACCUGCGGCAAGCGCUGCGGCCACGCCAGCGCGCUGCAGAACCACAUGAGGAUCCACACGGGGAAGAAGCGGGGCCAGCAGCCCGUCUGCCACGUGUGCGGCAAGAGCUUCCGCUGCACGGUCAACCUGAAGUACCACAUGAGCGUCCACACGGGGGUGAAGCCGUACGCCUGCGAGCAGUGCGAUAAGAAGUUCAGCAACCCCAGCAAUCUGAAUAUACACAUGGUGAUCCACUCGGGGGAGAAGAGGUACGGCUGCAACAUCUGCGGCAGGAGGUUCACGCAGUCCGUCGGCCUCAAGCUGCACAGGCGGGUGCACACGGGAGAAAAGCCGUAUUUCUGCGUGGUCUGCGGGAAAGGGUUCAUGCACUGCAGCGACUUCAAGAAACACCAGAGGGGUCACCUGCCACAGGAGCCAGCAGACGAGGAGUCCGAAAAUAGGGCUGUGAAAAACUAAAACAUUGCAUCCCCCGUGUGAAAUAGGAACGACGUGUCUCAGCGAUGAUUGAGAUUGGUCAAUCCUCCAUCUCGGACAUUGGUUUUGGUUUGCAACAAUGUCUGCAAUGAAACCCUGUGGUCAUUUCUGAAAGUAGAGAUGAUGGAUAAGCGGUUGUUGGUGUCUCUUUUUGGGACCAACAGGCUUCAGCGCUGAAAGGCAAGUGGUAAUCGGCACAGGCCAGAAACCCCAAAUUUGAGAGGGGGAACUUGAUAAAAGGUGCACCACUGCUAUUUUGUAUACUAGUAAUUGUGCAUGUUAACCAAUAACCCUCAAGAUUCUGUAAAGAACCCAAUAAAAAUUACGGUUUUUGUCCGUUACCGUA